AUGACUUAUUCAGAGAGAGAAGUUUUAUUUUUUAUGAAGGAAGCAUUAAAAUGGGCCACAAAGGCAUUUGAUACAGAUGAAAUUCCUGUAGGAUGUAUUUUAGUUAAUAGAGAAACAAAAGAGAUUGAAUCUGCAGCUCAUAAUGAGACCAAUAUAUCAUGUAAUGCAACUCGUCAUUGUGAGGUGGUUGCAUUGGAGAGACUUGCAGAUAAACUUAUUCAAGAACUUGAUGGAAUAAAUUGUAAAGAUAUAAAUACCAAAUUUCCACUAAAACCGGAAUUCGGACAAUAUUAUGAUUUGUUUGUAACAGUAGAACCUUGUAUUAUGUGUAUUGGAAUUCUUAAUCAAGCAGGUAUUAAAGGUAUUUAUUAUGGAUGCAAAAAUGAUAGAUUUGGUGGAUGUGGUUCAGUAAUUGAUUUUCAUGACGUUAUUGAUAUUAACUCAGAGAUCCAAAUAAAAUCUAAUAUUUUAGCUGAUGAAGCAAUAAAAUUAUUGCAAGAUUUUUAUGAAAGAGGUAAUCCCAAAGCUCCAGAUGAAAAAAGAAAACGACCAUUGAAAAGAAGUAAUUAA